AUGUCUGCUCAGUUCAAUGAUCACGUCUUCAUCAACCUGUCUCCACGCGACUUUCGUCCUGGUGGAUCGGAGUCUUUUGAGUCCCUGGCUUCUCCUUUUGAAGAAGGAUUCCCCCUCCCCCAGAGUGUUAACAGCUUUGACGGUCUUCAGACCAUCAAAGCUGCCGAAGAAACUUGUGUCUCAGGACUUCCAUACAUGAUGGACCUCCGCUCUCCUCUCGCUGAUUAUCAGUCAUUCUUCCAAUCCCAAAUAUCUUCACCCGACCAUCAGCGCGACAAACACAUGCCGGAACGUCGUCGAUCCUCCAUCAUCAACGGGUUGCCCCAGACCCCUGGCUGGUGGCUAAGCCAUACUGCCCCUGAUGAAGACAAGUUUCCACGAGCUCCUUCUUCCCGCACAAGCUUAAACACCAUGUCUACCUUCCAGUGGGCUAAGACUGGCACUCCCUCAGCAAACAGUGGCAACCCAUAUGAGAGCCUCUUCCAUGAGCCCCGGGAACAAGCUUCAGUUAUUCGACAAGUGAUUGGCUCUCGCAUGGUGUACCGAAAUGACCAAUCUGAGUACUUGGUUCACCGGUCUGAUUAUCCAGAUCAUAAAUUCUCAUGGGUCUCCAAGGACAUCAUUAGAUCGGUGGCUAUGAACAAAGUGAAUGAGUUCAACUGCCAGCGUCGCUUGCCAUGCUACAAGGGACCGCGAGGCGAGAUGUUUACCCGCAAAAACGCACCUCAUUGUUCGCCGGCAGAUGAGGAGACUUGUGUCGGCUGCGCGCAAUGCGGCCGGGGAUGCAGUUGA